UGCAAAGCAGAGACCCUAGUGCAGGCCCGAAAGAGAAAGAGAACGAGUAUCGAGAACCGAGUGAGAGGCAACCUGGAGAACUUGUUCCUGCAGUGCCCAAAACCCACCCUGCAGCAGAUCAGCCACAUCGCCCAGCAGCUUGGGCUUGAGAAGGAUGUGGUCCGAGUGUGGUUCUGUAACCGGCGCCAGAAGGGCAAGCGAUCCAGCGGUGACUAUUCACAACGGGAGGAGUUGGAGGCUGCCGGGUCUCCUUUCUCAGGGGGCCCAGUGUCCUUUCCCCUGGCCCCUGGGCCCCGUUUCGGUACCCCAGGCUAUGGGAGCCCUCACUUUACCACCCUGUACUCCUCGGUCCCUUUCCCUGAGGGGGAAGCCUUUCCCUCUGUCUCUGUCACCACUCUGGGCUCUCCCAUGCAUUCAAACUGAGGUGCCUGCCCUUCUAGGAAUGGGGGGGCCGGGCAAGGGAAGGAGCUCAGGAAGGGAGAACCUGGAGUUUGUAUCAGGGCUUUUGGGAUUACGUUCUUCAAUCACAAAGGAAGGAAUUGAGAACACAAGGGGUGGGGCAGGGAGUUUGGGGGAGCUG